UCGUAUAGAAAAGAGUUUUUUAUUUUUAAAUCGAAAAAGUGAUAAUUGAUAAACGCAUUCAAAUAUGACACCGAUUAAUUUUUCUAGUGAAAUAACAAUUUUACUUGAAUCGGUAUUGAAUGAAGUGCCGUAAAAAAUGGAGUGUAAAAACACCUCAUAGACAGUUUGACGAGAAGAAAGACUCAAACAACUUAGUGUCUGUUGCAUCAUCAUCACACGACCAACAUCACCGGGAUUCGGUUAAUCGGGGUUAAUUCUGUGUUUGCGGUACGUUUCGCGUUUGAAUGAUGCUCGUGUUUUGAGUUGAUUGUUGACGACAACCACAUCUACAGCAACCACAACGACAACAACGACGAUAAUAAAAUUAAUAAAAAAAAAGCGCAGUGUACAUUAUAACAAAACGAAAAAAAAAAAUACAAAUAAAAGCGAAGACGUUUUUUUAAGCGUUGUUAAUUCAUCCUGCACGUAUUUGGAUCGCUAAUUUCAGCGUAGAUGAAAGAAAACAAUGGACAUUUUUCACAUUGAUACGGCAUCGUUAGGCACAACACGAACCAAUGGUGCACUCAUUGAUGAUGUUACAAAUGAUCAAAUACCCCAAGUCAGUUUUGACGGUGGUCCGGAAUUCAAUUUAAAUUUUUUCGACAGUCCCGACGAUUCAAACACCGGUUACAGUGAUCCUGGUUCGGUUGAUUCAACAAUUGGCAUAUCUGUAUCGCCACCACCACAACCGUUGACCAGCAGCAGUACAUCGUCCACACCACAAGCAACAUUCACAUCACCGCCAAAUUUUUCAUGCAACAUUGAUCAAUCGUUUGCCGGAACCGACAUCAAUAAUACUUCGAAAACAUUUGUGUCAUGUAAAGUAUGCGGAGACAAGGCUUCUGGUUACCAUUAUGGCGUGACAUCGUGUGAAGGAUGCAAAGGAUUUUUCCGACGAAGCAUACAGAAACAGAUUGAGUAUCGAUGUUUGCGUGAUGGUAAAUGUUUGGUCAUACGUUUAAAUCGGAAUCGUUGCCAGUAUUGUCGCUUUAGGAAAUGUUUGGCGGUUGGAAUGAGCCGUGACUCCGUAAGAUAUGGCCGAGUGCCUAAGAGAUCACGGGAGUUAAGUGGAAGCGACGAAAAUGCCGAUAGAGAUAAAAGAAAACCGACGCCACAAAUGUGUUCAGUUGCAUCACCACCCGAUAUAGCAUCGCUUGCACCAGACCCAACUGAAUUGCCUGGCUCAACCGAUCUAUCGACAGUAUAUGAUGUUAUUUGUCGUGUUUCACAAGCUGCAGAAGAGACGCUUCUGGUGAGAAAAUCAUCAAUCCAGAUGCAAAGCGACCCAGUUUCCGAUGAAGAAUGUGAGUUGACGGCAACCGUAACGGAUGCAUUAAAGCGAAAGAAAAUUUUACUUUGGCAACAUUUUGCGAGCCACAUCACACCAGGUGUUCAACGUGUAGUCGAAUUUGCAAAACGUGUACCUGGUUUCUGUGAUUUUCCCCAAGACGAUCAACUAAUAUUAAUUAAAUUAGGAUUUUUCGAAAUUUGGCUCAGCCAUGCAACUAAAUUAGCCACCGAUGGAUCGCUUACAUUUGACGACGGCAGUUUUUUGACACGUGACCAAUUGGAAAUUAUAUACGAUAAUGAAUUUGCGCAUGCGUUUCAAAAUUUUGCAAAUGGCCUUAAUGAGUAUGGCUUAAGUGACGCAGAAAUCGGUUUAUUCUCGGCUUUGGUCCUGCUCACGGCCACUCGUCCAGGUAUAACAGAACCUAAACAAAUAUUACGCACACGUGAACGUAUCGCCGAAGCGUUACGUGUACAAAUUGUUCAAACGCGAUCCGGAUCAACAGCGGCAUUACAAUUGAUGCCAGCGCUUGAAGCAAAAAUAACCGAACUGAAAGCGAUCGGUGUGCAUCAUUCAUCACAUUUAAAUUGGCUGCGAAAUAAUUGGACCCUAUUAAGACUUCCACCCCUGUUCGUCGAAAUAUUUGACAUUCCACACGAUGACGAGUGAUCCGAAUAUACACCCAUCCUAAUGAUGAUAUGCAGUUAUGAUUGUUGAUAUAGACUUUUGAUGUUGUUUCACUUUCUUUUUCAAUUUUCGAAGGAGAGGCAGCAAAAACGAAUUGUGGCCAAAUAUAAAUAUACAUGUGUGUAUAACAAACACAAAAUUAAAGAGAGAAAUGCAUUGAAUAUUUGUGAUGAGAAACACAAACAAAAUUUUCCUCUCAAAUGCGGUACAAUCAAAUUUAGAAUGUUAAAAUUACUAUUUCAGAAGAAGAAAAAUGAUGAAAUUGGAAACAAUACGUUUAAAAGAGAAAAAAUAUUUUAAAAUACACACACACACACACACACACUCUAAAAAUCAAUAUGAAUAAAUGAAUACUCUCGAAAUGUUGAUGCAAAGAUAAGUGACGUUACUUAGACUGUAUCGAAAAAUGGCAGCAAAACAUUCAAUGAAAAUGAACAAAAGUAAUCAAUGGAAGUGAAAACUCACACACAAACAAAAACAAUUUCAAAUGAAAUGAAAUCAAUAUUUCUAAUUUCUGUAAUACAUGCGAAAUUUGCCAAAAUUUUAUCCAACCUAAUAGUCGGAAAAAAACCUGAACAUCAAAGAAACAUAAAACAACAACUUAACAUUUAUUGUAUAGAUAACACGAUUUUAGAGCGAGCAUAAAUUAGUACCAGUAAGUUUUAUUUCAGAACAUAUCAAAAUGCGCGUACGAAAAAUUUUGAGACGUCGAGGAAGUGGAAGAAGGAGAAAUUAAAAAUUUAUUGAGAAUAGCGACUCAUAAAGUCUGCUGUGGAGGCUUAAUAUAUUAUUAAUAUAUGUCAAAUAUUUCGUUUCUAUGCAUUGUUUAUCUUCGUUUUCAUUCAAUUUCACAUUUUGUUUUUACAUCUUACUAUUUAUUUUAUCUUCUUUCAAUACGAGGAAGAAAAUAAAAUGGAAAAUAAGUGUUUAGAUCUAACAUUAAAUAGAUUAUUAUAGCAAUUAUCAAGUAAUUGUCUGUUCCUUCAAAUUAAGAUCACAAAAUACGUACAAUUUGUAUUUUUCGUUUUUUUGUACGAAAAAUCAUCAUUCAUAUGUUUUUUUUUCUUCAAUCUAUUCUCUUUCUUUCUAUGUUUCCUAUAACAUUAAAACAAAUUGACAACAAAUGAUUUGUAAUUUUAAAAAAUUUGUGAUUUCUUAUCAGACUUGAAUUGCACAGCAUACUCAUUUUCAUCAUCUUCAUAUCUCUCACACUCUCUAUUUCAUCCAAUCAUAAAUUUUUUUCAUUGAAUCUAGCAUUUUAAGACAUUUUUCAUUUCAUAACCAUUCGACAACACAAUCUUUUUGGGCACAAUAUAUUCUGUUUUUCUCUCCCUCUCUUUCUUCAAUUUCAUUCAAUACAUAAAUGUCGAAGUGAACUGUUGUAAUUUUCAUUCUGGCUGUAAAUUUUAAUUGAAUCGGUGAGAACUAACUUUAAGCCUUAUGCAUUUGCACAUUUUUCGAAAAAACCAUAUUUUUAUGACUUUGAAAGAAUCUCUAAUUUUGCUGAAAAUAUGCAUCAAUUAUCUUUCGUCGUUUUUCGUUUAUGCGAAAAGUGUGAUAGUCCAUAAGGUUAAUUAGAGUGACUAAAAAGCACAUAUACAUACACAUUACAAUAACCCUGUACACGGUCACAAUUAUUCAUUUUUAUGGUGCUACUUUUUUAGUUCAUUUUCAAAUCUCUAUCUCUUUUAUCAUCUUUUUUUAUCGAUUAUACUUGUAUUAAACACUGCAAUUGAUUCAUAGCAAUUUUGCGAUAACUGCCUUUCUUUUUAUAUAAAAGUGUAUUCGUAAUUUUUAAGCGAAAAUAAUGGUGCCGCCUACACUUUCGAAAUGAGCAAUAGCAAAAAAAAAAAUGAAAAAUUCGGCAAACGAUCAGUAGUGUAUUACUUUAGUAAUACACUACUAAUUUUGCAAGUUUCGAAUGAAAUGGCCUCAUUUCUUAUGCGAAUCGAAAUCGACUUUUGUUAUACAUCAAUAAUUUUCCAGAGAUUUACUCGGCACAAUUGUCAUUCACUGAUUGAAACAAUCAGGCAGCUGGGUAUAUGUUGCAUGCGAUAACAUUACAUCGUUCCCUCUUUGAUUUUGAGAAAGUGCGAUUUAUUUUUUUAUAACAGAAUUUAAUUUUUUUUUUGUGGAACUUUUCACACUUCUUUCUUUCACUGCCAUUCAAAAUCAAGAAAGGAAUGACGUACCGUGUCUACAUGCAACAAAGAGAAAAUAAAUGCUUGCAAAAUACUAAUUUAAUAUUGGAAAGCUUUAUUGCGAAGAAAAUGGAGUUAUUGCAAAAACAAUUACUUCAUUUUUUUUAUUAGCAUAUAGUGUCUCUUCUUAUUCAGCCUGUAAAAAAUUUGUUUUUAUCCUCAGUCCAUUAUAUUUCAAUGUUCAUUUCGUUUUUAUAUAAUGAAAUUCUCUUGUUAUAAAUAUUGCGAACGAAAUGUUUACUAUUUGUUUGCUGAACAAAGUGGCAUAUGACAUAGAUUUUGUUUGUAUAGGUAUUUUUUUUGUAAUGUUUCAUUUUGUUUUAAGUUAAAUUCUCGCACAAAAUAAUUAUUUUUAAUUGAAACAAAUAAAAUACAUAAAAAAUAUGUAAACUCUAAUAACAAGAACAAAAACAAGCAAAAACUUUUCAAAAAAGUCAAAAAACGCCCAAUAAAUCUAUCGAUUUCGAUUGCUAGCAAUAUUGUCUGUCGAAGCCAUGCAUUGAGUUUUGACUUUUAUCAGUUCAUUACUUUUAGUUAUUAUUAAUCACCGGAGUUUCCUUUUAUAUAUGGCAUAAACUCAAAUCUAUUUUGUGAUAUCUUAUAUUUGUUUUCUUUUAAUCUUCAAUCGUUCACGAUUUUAUAUGCAUAAACCAGUUCACGGAUUUCAAAUGUUAAUAUGGUUUUCGGUAUAUAAACAUUUUUCUUCCAUUUACGCGUUGCAUGCGAAUCCAAUUUUCAAAUUGGACUAUCAAGGUGUAAUACGAUAAGAAGAAAAAGGCGGACACAUAUUUUUUUUUUUUUUUAAAUAAUGAUAUGGAACUGAAAUGUGAAAUCUAUUAUAUUUUUUAUUUCUUUUGCUCGUCAAAAACUAAUGAAUUUACACAUAAAUACAAAAAAAAGCAAAAUUUAAUAAACUCACCCAGAUCCAAUCAAAUUCAAAGUAGACUCUUUUUAACCAUCAACAAAAACAAAACAACUUACGUUUAAAAAUGAAUAAAAUAUCAACUAUUUCGAUUCCAAAACGAUGCAGUUUUCCUUUUUCAAUUGAUUGGCACACUUACCUGGUCCUUUGAAUGGAAAAAAGUAGUGAGUAUACACGUUUGUUUUACAGCAGCUAUUAAAGUUAGAAUUUUAAUUAACCAAUUCGAGCAUUUUAUU